AUGGCUGCAUACGUCGACGAUAUGCUCGUCAAGAGCCGGGAGGAGGAUAAGCAUGCGGAGGACUUGGCCGACUGCUUCAAGGUAAUGAUAAAAUACAACCUUCGGCUGAACCCCAAAAAGUGCGCGUUCGCCGUCCAAGGUGGCAAAUUCUUGGGUUACAUGGUCACCAAACGAGGCAUCGAGCCUAAUCCGGAAAAAGUACAGGCCAUCAUCGACAUGCAGCCUCCUACAACCGUCAGGGACCUACAACGGCUGACUGGCCGAUUGGCCGCCCUUAGCCGCUUCUUGAGCAAAGCGGCGGAUAAGACCGUACCCUUCUUCGAAGCCAUGAAGAAGAAGGAGGGAUUCGCUUGGACUGCCGAAUGCCAACAAUCGUUCGAGGAGUUGAAACAGUACCUCUCAACGCCCCCAGUGCUGUCUACCCCCCAGGUGGGCGAGCCUCUAUUCUUGUAUCUCGCCGCCUCAGCCAAGGCAGUGAGUUCGGUGUUGGUCCGAGAGGAGGACCGAGUCCAGCACCCGGUUUAUUACGUAAGUCGCUCGCUGAAAGCCGCUGAGACGCGGUACGCCGUGUUGGAAAAGAUUGUGUAUGCAUUGGUAGUCACCGUGCGCAAGCUGGCACCCUAUUUCCAAGCUCAUACCGUUCGAGUUUUGACAGACCAGCCGCUCGGAAGCGUGCUAAGAAACCCCUUGUCCUCCGGCCGACUUGUAAAGUGGGCCGUAGAGUUGACUCAGUACGGGAUUGAAUACCAACCCCGGCCUUCCAUUAAGGGUCAAGCCUUGGCCGACUUCCUGGUUGAAUGCACGGCAAGUGAGGAAGAAAAGGAACAUGCCUCGGAGAGCUGCCCAGGCGAGUGGUGGGAAAUGCACGCGGACGGAGCAUCGAGUCGACAACACUGUGGAGGCGGUGUCAUGCUCAUCACUCCGGAAGGAUUCCGGCUAUAUUACGCUCUGAGAUAUCGGUUCUCAACAUCAAAUAAUGAGGCCGAGUACGAAGCGGUAUUAAACGGCCUCCGACUCGCCAAGGCCCUGGGAGUCGAGCGGCUGCGAAUCAAGACUGACUCCAGACUAGUAGUCGGACAGAUCUCGGGUACGUGUGAAGCUAAGAAUACAAGGAUGAAGGAGGAGUUAAACCGGCCGAGUGUUGAGGAGGCACCACUGGAAGUCCAGCGAGUAGAUAUCGAGGAAUGGGAUCGAGUGAAAAAUCCCGAAAUGUUCUGGAUAGAGGACAUCCGGCGAUUCAUAGAAAAAGGCGAGUUACCGGAAGACCCGGGAGUCGCCGCGAGAGUUCGGCGGAAAGCCCCUUCCUUCCAGAUCAUCGACGGACAGCUAUACAAACAGUCGUUCGGUGGACCCUUACUAAAGUGCCUGCUUAGACCCGAGGCCGAGAAAAUAAUGGACGAAGCUCAUAGAGGCAUUUGUGCCGCGCACCAGGGCGUUCACACGCUCGCCAGGAAGUUGGUCGUUCAAGGGUAUUAUUGGCCGACCAUGAUGCGAGACUGCAUCGAAUGGAUGUCCAGAUGCGGCGUUUGUCAAGCAUUCGCCAGGAAAGACACCCGGCCGGCCACCUUUUAUACACCGGUCACCAUUGCUAUCCCCUUCGCCAAGUGGGGAAUAGACUUGUUGGGGCCAUUGCCCGUCGCCCCGGGAGGUCUGAAGUUUUGUGUCGUGGCUAUCGACUAUUUCACCAAAUGGGUCGAGGCAGAGCCAUUGGCUAGCAUCACUGAGUACCAAUGUCGACGUUUUCUGUAG